ACAAUGGGCUAGUUGGUACUUUUUCAGAAGAAGCAGAGAAUGAGUAUCUUAUCAUGUCAAAAGGGAAGGAAGAAACAUCAGCAGAAUUCUAGGCUUCCAAAUAAUAAAGGAAGUUUGGCUUCAGCCGUGGCUCAUAACAGCAGCAGGCUCUGCAGGAGAGAUCAGAAUUGGACUGGGAGUAUGGCUGCUUUGGCAUUUCUUGUUGUGCUUGUGGUGUGCCUGGGUGGCAGAACUGCUCUAUGCAUCCUAUCUCUGAAUGUGCCGCAUGAAACACAAGGAAUAAGAGGUGAAUCGGUGGUUAUACCCUGCACUUACACACCCUCUGCACACUACAAGGAACAUCAAGUUGACUGGUAUGCCGAAGAUGUCAAAAUAUUCAGUCGGUUUGAAUCCCGGUCAUAUAUUUUAAAGGCGGACUACUCAGGAAGAAUCCAAGUGGCCGACUCUAGACCCGGAGACGUAUCUUUAACCAUAAAAGUUUUAAAAAUGAUAGAGAGGGGUAACUACAGGUGUGUCGUCAUCUGGAAGUCAAAUGAUGGACUCACUGUCACCAAAGAAGGGUUCAGUAAACUCACAGUACUUAGAGCUGCAGUAUAUUCUCCCACUAAGAAACCUGAUGUUGCCUCAGUUAGUACCAAAGGAAGUACCACAGUACCAAUAUAUUCCUCAACUGCAAAACCUGAUGUAGCCGUUAUUAUUACUAAAGAACAUGGCACAAUACCGAUAUAUUCCUCAACUGCAAAACCUGAUGUAGCCGUUAUUAUUACUAAAGAACAUGGCACAAUGCCGAUAUGUUCCUCAACUGCAAAACCUGAUGUAGCCGUUAUUAUUACUAAAGAACAUGGCACAAUACCAAUAUAUUCCUCAACUGCAAAACCUGAUGUAGCCGUUAUUAUUACUAAAGGACAUGGCACAAGCACCCUGAAGAAUACAGAAUUCACUACAAACAGGAAAAGCGCCACCACCAAGAGUCGCCAUACCACAAAAAAGACGGCCAGCAUUCAGCAGAGUAAAAUCCCUGUGCUGGACUCUACCAAGGAUGCUGCUGAAAAUGCAAAAUUGGAUUAUAUAAUUAAAGGCUCAGGAGUGCCACUCUAUAUUAUACUGCUCAUUGCUCUGGUCUGUGCCCUCUCCAUUUUAACAUUAAUUAUUGUCUUCGUCACCAGAAGGAAGAAAAAUACAAAUUACAUAUAUGAUAUGCCCACCAUGAGCCAGUUGGCUGCGAGGCUAGAUGGAUCUGCUCCACUUGCUUAUGGUGGAUAUUCAUCCUGCGCUUGUCAAACCCCAAGAACUCAAAAUGAUUACCAGCCAUGCAAGCAGGGCCCUGAAACCGAGUAUGAAACCAUGGUAGCCCAGGCCAGCAAUGAAUAUGAAUUUCUUAUACCAGAGAGAGAAGCACCACCGAGCUGUUCCGCUUUUACAGAGCCAAACCCUGCAGUUCCCCCCUCUCCCAGAAGCACAUUCCUAUUGUGAUAUUUCAGGAACUUGUGUUCAACAGUUGUCAUUAAUAAUUGGUUUCCUUCUUAUUGCAUCCCCCCAGCAAUUACUUUGUACCCCUUUCCUGGCUGUACCCUCACUCUGCAUGUACAUAUGGUUUUAUUUAUAUCAUUCCAACAAUAUAAAUAUAUACAUUUAAUAGACAUAGAAGAAACAUUAAGUCUAUCACACAAAAGGGCUGUUUGUACUCCCAGACCCAGGGGUGUUGCUAGAAAAUCCAAGCUUCAUUUUUUUUAUAUUUUUUCGAAGCUGCCUGGCCUAUUACUGAAUUUCAUGUCAGAGCGCUGCAUGUGGCAUCAUUAUUCCAAAUGGCCAAGACUAGGAAUACAUAGCUCUGAUUUAGGUAUUGAGCUUCACGGUCCAUUGGCAGUUUGGCAACAUGCCUCCUCGAACCCCAUGGUUUUUAGACCUGUGCAUAAUAACGCUGGGAUAAUUUUUAGGACCGAAUAAAAAAAAAUAUGCCAUUCACAUUCCUAAACGUUGAUUAGUUACAGACAUUGAAGCAGUAUUUCAUUAGCCAAAACAAAAUUGGGCUUUGUUUCACUGCUGCAUGUAGGAAGGUGUCAGUCACUGAAGGUGGUGUAUCCUGAUCCCAAUAAGGCAAUCAUAGUGCUCUCUGAAUCAAAAUACUGCUGAGUUUUCAGCAACUUAAACUGAAAUCUACACUUUCUCGCUAAAAAUGUAUGCAACCCACCUAACCAACUACCUGAUAAUGGUGAACAUAACUCCACCUGAAGUCUCUUUUUGGCUUUAGAAAUAGUGUGAAACACUGAUUGUUGCUUAUUGUGUGUAUGUAUCAGCUAGACUAGUCUGUUGCUGUAGCAAAACUGUACACAAAAUUAUAAUCUAAGCAAGACCAUUGAUGUGGAAUGCACUGGUUUCUAUGCUGUCAUGCAAUGGGAAACUGAAUUAAUUACUAAGGAAAACAUUAUACCUCAGUUUCCCAUUACAUGGCAGCAUAGAUUAUGAUUUUGUGUACAGUUAGCACAUCUUGUUUCACCAUUGGUGUUUUGUAUCACAGUACACACGCAGUAUAGACUGUAUGGCAAUCCUUCGGUGAUACACACACUGGCAGAUUUAAUGAUUUGAUCUCAAUAGUGUGAGACUAAUGUAACCCCCCCCCCCCAUACACGGAUUGACCAUAACUGCAGGGCAGAGCACCCAUCACAUAAGUGGGACAUGGGUGUGAGCUUAUACAUCAUCUUCAAUUGCAUACAAACUAUUUGGUACAGAAUUGAGGUAGGACAUAAUAUGAAAAUGCUCUACAACUAGUGCCCGGUCAGUAGCAGGUGUUUGCUACAGGGCUCUCUUGAUACAAAUAAUAAAUGAGCCCUCUUAUCUUAAAAAUCAAAAUACCUUUGCCCCAAAACCCUUAAAUAAUGACACAGACAACGACUUUAUGUUAAAUGUGUGAAGAUCACAGCUUUAUUAAGAAUGUAAUAUUUACAUAUAAGUAUGAUGUUCACUGCAGGGUUAUGAGAUUACUGAAAAUCAAAGGACAUGUAUAAAACAUAUAGAUGUCAAUUCAUCAUCAGAGGAUCCGGUAACCCCACCACAUAGGGCUGUUUGGUCCCAAGGAAAGCAAAAAAUGUGAUGCUUGGCCCAAUCAGCUUCACUAGAGAGAAAAAAAUACUUCCUUACUCCUGAACGGCAAUCGGAAUGAGUCCCAGGAUCAAUGUGCCCUAUGGAGCUUUGCAAGUCCCGAUUUCAGAUGUUCACCCUCAGAAAAGACACUUUAUGUUGUUAUUUUAUUAUUUAGACAGACUACUCUCUCUGUCUGUCCCCACUCCAGAUGUUCAGUUGCCCCAUUUGAUCACAAAGGGCCAAAGUGCAUUUGAGGUCUCAGGACUCCUGUUGGUUGAGAUUACUCACAUACUUACAUGAAUAAAGAGCUGGAUUCUAA